AGUUUGGAAUUCACCGGCCUCGCCGAGUACCUGGCGCUGUUGCGGGCCGCCGCCCGCGCCCUGGCACCCUUCGGCUCCAAUGUCAUGUUUUACCUGGCAGCUGCUGUGUCGGAUUUCUACAUCCCCGCCUCGGAGAUGCCCGAGCACAAGAUCCAGUCCUCAGAGGGGCCCCUGCAGAUCACAAUGAAGAUGGUGCCAAAAAUGCUGUCUCCUCUGGUCAAAGAAUGGGCCCCAGAGGCAUUUGUUAUUUCCUUUAAACUGGAAACGGAUCCCUUGAUCUUAAUCGAUAAAUCGCGGCAGGCUCUGGAGAAAUACCGUCACCAGGUGGUGGUAGCGAAUAUCCUGGAGUCCCGGAGAACCUCUGUUAUUAUCGUAACCAAAGACUCACAGACUCCGUUAUCUCUUUCUGAUGAGGAAAUAGCGCAAGGCAUGGAAAUAGAGGAAAAGAUAGUGAGCUAUCUUCAGAGCCAACAUACCGCGUUUAUAGAGAAGAAAGUGUGAGGACCAGCUCUGAAUGAAACAAGUGAAAUUGUACUAGAGAGGGAGUGGAACUGGAGCAAUUCUCUAUCCCGGGUCAAUAAAACAAUCCUCAGUGAAACGCUGUGGGAAAGGCUGCCGUCCAAAACCGUGUGACUUUUCUACAGCUCGGUAAUGGUUAUUGUUGCUUGCUUUGAAAAAGAAAAAAUACACUGAAGUGAAAAUCUUCCAAAGGAUGGUAUUUGUUCUAGUGUCUCAGGAAGGAAAAGAUA